AUGUCUCUCUCUGAGCUGAUUUACAUUGUCAUAGGCCUCGUCGUCUAUCAACUCCUAAAUCGCCUACUACACAGGCUCGUGAGGAGCUUCAACCCGGUCUUCUAUGAAACUCUGCAACUCGACAAAUCUCGGAAACUGGCCCCCUACUUUGUCUUUCCCGUCGGCUUCCUUUUAACUUUCAUCACAACUCCCGUCUGUCUAUACGCGUACAACAACACGCCCCCAGAAACGGAUACCGUUGGCAACCAACGCCCAUUUACAACCUCCGGCAAGGUCUGUCUUGCUUCUCGCGGCGUCCUAUGGGUCUCUGAACUGCCGCUGCUGAGUUACUCCCUAGAGUAUGUGGCCCACCACGUUCUCGCCCUGGGCUCGCUGCUCAUCGUCCUCGUGCGAAAUCUCCCACGGCGGCCGAUAUACCUCAUUUACGCAGGUCUCGUGACGGAACUGUUCUCCGAUACCGUGGCGCUGUUGAGGCUGCACGGCCGGAAUGCGGGCACCUCCUCCGUCUUUAGAAGGGCCAUGCUCGCCAAUGUCGUGUCCAUGGUUGUGCUGAGGAUCGCCCCCAUCAGCAUCUUCGUCGCCUGUAUGCGGCAGACGAGUCCGGAUCUUGUCGGCGGUGUCACCAUGUACUGCGCCUAUCUCGUCCGUCUGACGUUCAUGCAAUCGAAAACACUCGGUUUCGUCCAGCCGGGCCUGACGCAGCAGCUUCAGGCACGGCUUUUCGGGAAGGAUGCCAAAAUACCCACUGUCAACUGGCUUCCUCGCCCGAUGACCCUCGUCACCUGUGCUGCGGUUGCCAUUGUCUCAUUAUCCGUUAGCGAAUACCUCACGUCGGAACCGCCAGUGCCUGCGAUCAUAGCAAACUCGGAAACGCGGCCGCCGAUGUACUAG